AUGAGCUGCAGUCGCCAGCAGGAAGACGCGCACGAUUCGACCAAAGGCAUGCCUACGACUCUGCCAAAGGAUUGUUGUGCGGCUCUUCCAUCAUGCUUAUCGACAUCUGUUCCGUCGAAUACCAACGCCCCGCAUCGACGGGUAAGGUCCAUGGCGGAGACGCUCGAAGAUCGUAACUUCCCGCCCGGCCAACCAACGUUGACGUUCCGCGUAACGGGGGCCUCGUCAGUGGCCCGCUUGGAGCCGCUUCUCCUCGGCCCAGGCGGUAGGAACCAACGGCCAACGAUUUGGUCGCGAUCUCUCGAUAGUGGCGAUGAUGGUGUCCGCGUUGAUUUUGUGUGGGAAACAACCGUGACGAAGCAACAGCAACGACGGCAUCGGGAUGCGAGAGUGCUGAACCGCCUCAGCGGCGCGCAGGUCUUGGAAGAUAAGGCCAAUCUAGUGCUACUCCAGCGGCUCAUGACAGCGCCAACCCUGGAGUCGUACGCCGUCAACGGCCGAAACGCGGUCGCUCGCUGGGCACAACAACGUUUCAAGGAGCAAAAUCUUCCACGAGACCGUCCUCCGCCCCCCCCCUCUACUCGUGAGGCCGGGUAUCCACACGACGAUCAAUUUCUUGCUCGUAAACGUGCUCUAGUCCAAGGGACAUCAGCAGCAACGGAAACAACACAAGAAUCGGAAGCAGUCGGGAAUGGACAUGCAGGCGAGGAGGACUGGUGGUGCGUGAAAGCGGCAGGGGGGAACGGUGGGCUUGACAUCUGGGUGCUGCAUAAGGGGAACUGGAAGAUGGUGACGGAAGCGCUUAGCGAACAUGAGAGCUAUGUUAUUCAGCGGUACGUCGCAAGACCGAUGCUUUGGCAAGGGAGAAAAUUUCACUUCCGCGCAUACGCCCUCCUGCGAGCUGAUAUGUCGGCGUGGCUGUACCGCACCGCGUACAUCCUGUCCGCCAGCCGGCCGUACUCCCUCGGAGGGAACGACAGCCGUGACGACGGCGUGCGAGUGGGGGCCGGUGUUGCGGACAUGCACAGAGCGGCUUUUGCCGACGAGUUUGUGCACAUCAGCAAUUUGGCUGUCAACAAGCACACCGAGGGUCACCCUGGGCAGGUCCCGUGCGACCUCCCUAGCGAGUAUGGUGCUUUGUGGCCGAAAAUGCUGGAGCUUCUAGGAUCUCUCGUUGACGCAGCGACGCCGUUCAUGCAGCACCAGGCCAACCCCAACCAUUUCGAGUUUUUGGGGUUGGAUAUCAUCGCGGACAGCGCCGGAGGAGUCUGGCUAAUGGAGGCGAAUCGGUUACCUGGACUGCAGAGCUCUAAGCAGAACCUCGAGAAGGAGAACGAAGUCUACGACGGGAUGAUGCUGGAUCUCAUCAGGCUUUUGGUGCUGCCUCCGCUCACUGGCUGUUCGCCCGAACAGGGCCUGUUCGAGGUGGCCGCCACACCAGCUUCAGGUGCAAGAGCGCCAUCCACGGAAACGUGGAGGAACGUCAUGCGAUUUGCGGCGUUCAAGCGAUCUUGCAGAACGAAAACACAUCCUUCGUGAUUUUGAUCAUUCGCUCUCCGUGUACGUUUUCUGCGUGUGUGAGCGUGUACGGAAAGAAUCCAGAGAGAGGAGGGGGGGAAUGUGGUUUGUAGAACGAAGGUGGAGAAACAGUGCUUGUUGGCUUCCUCCUGUGUGACCCCGGCCUGUGCCUCUAGACAGACACAUUGAAAGCUGUAAAACGUUAGCAUCCAGUCUGUGGUAGGACGGAUCGGAACUCUUCAGUCAAAAACCUUAAAGACAUCAUCAUGCGGCAGGGAAUCCCGA